AUGGUUAUUUUCCUCUUCAUCCAGCCUUCCAUUAGUACUAGUGAGACCGAAGAAAUGAUCAUAUGGAUUUGUGACCACUGUUGUGGGCUUGAUCAUCAUUACUGCUACACCGUUUUCGUCCAUAACCUACCUGUUCCAAAUACAAAUAUUGUUGGUCUAAAUCAGAUAGCCAUUGCCCAAUCAUUGCUAAACGCGACAAGCAAUCAAGUAUUCGUACUAAGGUUGAGAGACAACACAAGUGAUCCGAAACAGAAGGGCCUUCUAAACAUUUGUGUUGAUAGUUAUAGCAGACUGACAGACAUUUUCACAGAGGCCUUCAGGCUAUUUAAUUUCCGGGAUUACAAAAAAAUGGCUAGCAUUGAAUUCGACGCAGCUAAACAAAUAGAUGACUGUCAAACUGCUUUCAAGAGUCCGACGAUGACUCAGAGAAAUUGGGAAAUGAAAGAGCUCAGUAACAUGGCAGUCUAUGCUGCCAAAUUGCUUUAA